CUGGUUCUGGAGCGUUUUUAUGACGCCGAUGGUCCUGCGACGAAACGUAUUUUAUACACAGCUGCCUGUGCGUUCAGUUCUGCGCUGUAAUUUUUUUUUGUCUUUGGUGGAGAUUUUGUCUCUGCAAAUCAUCACCAACAUGAAACUCGUACGGUUUUUAAUGAAACUCAGCCACGAGACUGUGACCAUUGAGCUGAAGAAUGGCACCCAGGUCCAUGGAACAAUCACAGGUGUGGAUGUGAGUAUGAACACUCAUCUGAAGGCGGUAAAGAUGACUCUGAAGAACCGUGAGCCCACCCAGCUGGAGAGCCUCAGUAUCCGUGGGAACAACAUCAGAUACUUCAUCCUGCCGGACAGCCUGCCGCUGGACACUCUGCUGGUCGACAUAGAACCCAAGGUCAAGAGCAAGAAGAGAGAGGCUGUGGCUGGGCGUGGAAGGGGCAGAGGAAGAGGGCGUGGCAGGGGGAGAGGCCGAGGCAGGGGAGGGCCCAGGAGAUGAUCGCCAUGACUACGUGGCUGUCAGUCAUAUCCUAUUGUUUGUACAACAACGUUUUUGUUUUGUCAUUUUUCUGAGGAAACUUUUGUGAAUCCAGAGCCUGACUUGUUUCUUAUUUUGUAUAUUAAAGAUGUUCCACAUGAA